AUGUCGCAUGUGCUGUCGGAGAAUGUGGUACCGAGGGAUGCCUUCCAAGGGGCCAAGGGAGUUGUUUUCCUGCAAGCAGCAUAUGCAGCUGCAGGCGUGACUGCCUUCCGCGGCCAGGGCUUCAUAGUUGCAGCUGUGAAUCGGCAGUGGAGCGCCCCUUCAUUCCUCAGUCUUUCAUCACUUGGCGUGGGCCUCAGCCUUGGCGGUGAGAUGGUGGACACUAUCGCUAUCCUGUACAGAGACGAGGAUGUAGACAAGUACAAGAAGGGGGACUUCAGAAUCACCUCCUACCGCAGUGGCAGCCCAGUGUGCACCCUCAGCGCCAUGGGAUGUGCAGACAUGCAACCUGCUGUCUACGUGGCAAAGAGUGGGAAGCUGCUAGACUACUCCAUCAAUGGUGGCACGAUAACUCAUGCAAAAGCCGCAAAUGCAAAGGCUUAUGGUGGCCUUGUAUCCCCCGACGACAUCCUGAGCGGCAGGGUUGAUCCGCCUGCCAGCUUGGAUCCGGUGUACAAGCAGCUCACUGCAUUGUCGGGUCCUCUUGCGUGAAAAGGCGCAGCUGUCACUUCUUCACUUGAUUAACCAUGAACGGCUUCAACUUUGAGCUGCAUUGUCGUCUUGCGCUUACUGCUUGUGAAUGGAUGGGUGCUCAGGUGUCUGUCAUGGUGUUGUCAGGAGUAACUAGGCUCAAUUAUCGUUGCAAUGUUGCACAAGCAUAGAGUUCAGUUAAUGGUUUCAGAUUCCAGUCUAUCACUCAUGUUCAGGUCAAGUGUGUUGCUGGCGUUUGACCAGAUUUAGAAUGUGUCAGGUUCUGUUGCGUAGUACCCCUUAAAAUUAGCACAGACGUUGAUAUGCAACACGUGCAGAAUACCAUGAACCGCACUCUUUGUUGGAAGCAAGCGUUCCUGCCAAGGGUAUUCAUUUCAGCCAUGCAAGUGAAGCAUGCAACUGAAGCAUGCAGAGGACUCCGGGAGUUUGCUGUCUCGGAUGCCUAUUCUGAAGCAUCCUAGCUAUUAAAAACCAUCUUGAAGGCUUCCCAAAACUUUCCAAGCAAGACUGUAGACUCUGGGUUCUAGGCUCUUGGAACACUGAUUGAGAGACUUAAGUUGGAUACAGAUACAACAAAUUUCCAACCACGCUUUCUGAAGUAAAUUUUCCAGG